AUGAAGUGUCCUUUGUGCUUUGGCCUUGUUUGCCUUCUGGUCUGCAUGUGGCCCUCUGCCUUUUCCAAGGAAUGCUUCUUUUGUGAAAUCACUGCAUCAACCAAAUGCCCAGGCACCAAGAUGAGUUGUGCAGAAGAUGAAGACUGCUUUGUGGGUCAAGGAGCUGCUUUGGGAGUAUCUUUGAUCCAAAACAAGGGCUGUACCCGCUCUAUCAACUGUGGGAAGGAGCAGCCUGUUGCCCACAUGGGGGUGACCUACAGCUUGGUCACCAACUGCUGUCAUGGAAAUUUGUGCAAUGUGGCUCCGUCCUUGAAAGUCCCUUCCCUUUUCCUGCAGCUUGCCCUCCCCAGCAUUCUCAUGCUGGGUCUCCUCUGA